AUGGGCUCGACGCAAUUCGGGAAUUUCCAUAACUUUUGUCGCGAUUCAACGUUACCUGUGUGCAAUCUCUUCGUACCCAGCAAUCAACCUCCCAACCUAGCCUUCGGGGGCUGUGCGCUCACCGGUAUUCAACUCAGCAAUGGCAGAUAUUUGGGCAAUUUAGGUUCGAUUUUGGCCGCUUUUAUCGCGAUAGUAACCUGCAUUUUCCUGUUUCUCUUAUCGGAGCGAAAACGUGCGGCUGUGGGGAGAAGGGAAAUUCAAUUAUUCUUGCUCGGCUAUGUCAUUAUUUCGAUUUGCGAAAUCUUCACCGUUGGCGCAUUCCCACUAGCGGAUAAUGUUCGCAAGGGAUUCUCCGCCGUACAUAUCGCCGCUAUUUCUGCUACUUCCUGGAUCUUGCUUUUGAAUGCUCUUGUCGGCUUCCAGCUUCUCGAUGAUGGCACCCCUCUGUCCGUGGGUCUUUUCGCAGGUUCGGCAACGGUACUCUUCAUCGGAACCGGUUACAUUGCCUUGGACACCGGCUUCAGUUGGACCGGCCACUUCGAUUCUAGUCUAUCAGGCGACAAUCGCAACAUUGGCCUUUAUGUGUUGUACCUAUUAUUCCCUCUUGUCUGUCUGUGUUUCUUCUAUAUCUUGGAAGUCAUCCUCGUCCUGCGCGUGCUUGGCGAACGCAGACCAUUGAUCUACCUCACUGCUGCCGCUCUUCUCUUCGCCAUCGGCCAAAUCUUUGAUUUUGUCAUCAGCCCUCAUAUUUGCAAUCCUAUCAACGGCAAAAUCAACGGCGCAUUUUUCGAAACGCUCUUCAGCUUCUUUUCUGUCGUCUGCGUGUGGCUGUUUUGGAGCAGCAUUACCGAAGAUGACUGGCCGGCAGUGACCGGCGGCUACUCCUAA